UGCCGGGGCAUCCUUACAGGCGACAGCAUCUGGCGGAAGGAUGAGACUGAGCUACGGAACCACGGUGGUUACGGCUGGCAUCGCUGGCAUCAUGAGCUUCGGACUGCUGGCCGCAGCAAUCGGGAGCGAGUACUGGUACAUCAUAGUGGUGAACAGACCCAACGAGACUGACUCAGAAGACUUGAAUUCCCAUUCUGGACUGUGGAGAAUAUACGAAGGCAAGGAUGACGUCUCCUACAACAUCUACUCAUUUUCUGCAGACACUUCCAAAUACUCGGAAACCGAGAAGCAUCUGCUCAGCCUGCACAAGGCGAUCGUCAUUCUGCUGCCUCUCAGCUUGGUGCUGCUGGUCUUCGGCGGGAUCUUGGGCCUCGUCAGCUCACUGGCCCGGAGCCGCACCCUGCUCUUAGGGACCGCCGCUUACCUUCUGCUUUGCAGCCUCCUGACGCUCUCGGGGGUCAGCAUCUACAUCAGCUACUCGCAGCAGGCCCUGGCGGAGCUGGAGCGGGAGCUGGGCCCGGAGGAGCUCGCCGACGUGGAGGUGUCCUUCGGCUGGUCGCUGGGCGUGGCCUGGCUCUCCUUCUGCCUGGAGGUGCUGGCUGGCCUCCUGCUGCUCCUGGCUGCCAGGCUGGCUUCGCUGCGGCGGGGCCCCGAUUUCACCGCCGGCAUGGCCUGGGGCGGGCCCCCGGGCCCCGAACAGCCCCCCUGCCUCUCCUACCUGCCGCAGCCCAGCCUCUCUGUCAUGGAAUAACCCCCCCACAGCUCUACACCCACCAUAGAUUGCGUCCAAAUUCCAGCCAUUAUUUCACGCAACACAGUCAAGCUCAAGAGAGAAGUCAGAUGCUUGCAUAUGAAUGGGGAGCUUCUUCCGGCUUUCACCAUCGGCAUUUCCACCAUCUGGGAAAAGGCAGAGCCCGUGGACCCCAUCUGUAAAUAUCAACUCGUAUUCAUGCUCCAUGUGUCAAUAACAUAGACA